AUGGAGACUGACAUUGGCAAAAACAGUUCAGAUUGUGACUCCCAAGAUCCAGGAAGACCAUGUCCAAAAGACCCCAGUCACACAAAUGCACUCAAGCGCCUCCAGCCACCGUCUCCAGGGAAGCUGCUCUCUCCGGUGCCCAGCAAGAAAAUAAAGCACGAGUCACUGAGUCCAACCAGCUAUGAGUACGUGCACGGAAAAUCUGUGAAGAGACCUGCCAGUGCAUUUAUACUUUAUUCUAGAGACAUUAGAAGAACAGUGUUACGUGAAAAUCCUGGGAAAGAUUUUGCCUUUAUUGCCAAGACAAUGGCAGACAGAUGGAAAGUAGCCGAUGCAGAGACCAAGGAGUAUUACAGAGGUCUAUCAAAUGAAGAAAGCAGAAGAUAUCAGGAAGAAAUAAGAAAGAUCCGUGAGAACCGUAGCCAAAAUGACUCCAUCUUUGAAAAAUCGAACAUAAGUCGGGCCACUUUAGAUAAGUUUGUGGGGCCACUAACACCAGUUGCAAUAAAAGCUGAUGGAAAGAGACAUAGAAAAGAGCCUGAGAAGGCCAAAUGUCCUUGGAGAAACAAAACUAAGAACAUAGAGGUUGACCUGGGAAAGAUUAAGCAGCAGUUGAAGCAGAGAUCCAGUCAAGCUAAUCUCCCGGGUCCAUUUGGGCUUAUUGGAUCUUUGGCUAAUUGUGGAGGAUGGCUGUGUCAGGAAGGAGGAUCCAUCACUGCCCUGAGCACAAGCAGGCUGCAGGAGGCUGUUCUGUCGUGUACUCUCCUUAAUACUUUUAACCUCACGCCAAAGGACUUGAAGGAUUCCAUACCCUUUAAUGCAAGUACCAUUGGAACUCAAGAGUGGACUGCACUAACAAAUAUGUCAAAACUUAGAGGAAGACCGUAAUUUGUACUUGGUGGAUGACAGACGAUUGUUGGCAAAUGGUUUUAAAGUAGCUCUUUACCCUGCAAGCAGUAGCAGUGUGCUGUCUCAUGGAGAGAUUAUUGGCAUGGCAGAUUGCAUUGGAUUCUAUGGCCUCAAGGAUUUGAAAGAGAUUUUAACAGUUGUAACUUCUAAUCCUACUGCAAGCCUUGGAAGGUCAAGGCCACUGAAGCUACAACACUGGUUAAAGGGAGAGACAGUGAGAAUGAUCAGAUCAGGACCCAACCUUACAAAAAGGGAAGAUGUGUCAGAGAAGUUAAAGCAGUGGCAAAAGAUGCAAGGCAUAGAAGGGGAGUCAGUAUGUCCUUCCAAUUGGACCAAACAAAAAUGUUUACACAACAAACUCAUAUUUACUCCAGUAUAUUCACUGGAUGAUAUUCCUUCGACUCCCUCACAGAAUCAAGAGGUAUAAAGUUCCCCAGAUAUGAAGAUGGCGUCACAAAUGUAUGCACAAUGUCUACAAUUUUUAAUAUCUUUUUUGCAUAUUUAUAGUUUAGUAGAGACAUCUUAAAUAUAUUUAAAAUGCUU